AUGACAAGACUGUUGGUGAAAAUAUUCACCAGACUAAAGGGCGAACACAGUAUUAGCAAUCCUUUGGUGGAGGAAUGCUCUUAUGAUGAAUCUCAACUUUCCCAUUGUAUUCACAGAACCCAAGAAAACCAGACUACUGGAGUGACAUUCAUCCUCCUGGGCUUCUCAGAAUACCCAGAGCUCCAGGUGCCCCUGUUCCUGCUCUUCCUGACCAUCUACACAGUCACUGUGCUGGGCAACACAGGCAUGAUCCUGGUCAUCAGAGUCAACCCCAAACUCCACACCCCCAUGUACUUUUUCCUCAGUCACUUGUCCUUCAUUGAUUUCUGCUACUCUACCAUGGUGACUCCCAAACUCUUAGAAAACUUGGUGGUGGAAGACAGGGCAAUCUCCUUCCCAGGCUGCAUCCUGCAGUUCUUCUUUGCAUGCAUAUUUGUGGUGACAGAGACAUUCAUGUUGGCAGUGAUGGCCUAUGACCGAUUUGUGGCCGUGUGCCAUCCUCUCCUCUAGACAGUUGCAAUGUCCCAGAAGCUGUGUUCUUUGUUGGUGGCCACUUCAUACUCUUGGAGUAUAGUCUGUUCUUUAACAUUCAUAUACUUUUUGUUGACCUUGUCUUUUUGUGGGACUAAGUUUAUAAAUAAUUUUGUCUGUGAACAUGCUGCCAUUGUUGCUGUGUCCUGCUCUGACCCCUCUGUUAGCCAGAAGAUCCUUUUUGUCUUUGCCACAUUCAAUGAAAUAAGCAGCCUGGUGAUUAUUCUUGCUUCCUAUGUUUUCAUUUUCAUCACUGUCAUGAAAAUGCCUUUAACCGGGGGGCACUACAAAGCCUUCUCCAUGUGUGCCUCCCAUCUGACCACCAUUACUAGCUUCCAUGGGACCUUCCUUUUCCUCUACUAUGUCCCCACCACCAAAAAUUCAUGGCUCAUCGUCAAGAUUGCCUCUGUCUUUUACACAGUGGUCAUCCCUAUGCUUAACUUCCUGAUCUACAGCCUCAGGAACAAAGAUGUGAAGGAGGUAGUUAGGAAGUUAAUCAACACCCAAUUAUUUGAGAAUCAUGAAGUCAGAAACCAGAGCACUGUGUCCACAUUCAUCCUGGUGGGAUUCUCAGAAUUCCCACACCUCCAGGCACCCCUCUUCCUGCUGUUCCUCAGCAUCUACACAGUCACUCUGGUGGGGAACUUGGGCAUAAUUGUGAUCAUAAGGAUCAAUCAUAAGCUUCAAACACUGUACUUUUUCCUCAGUCACCUUUCAUUUCUGGACAUUUGCUACUCCAGUGUAUUUAUGUCCAAGCUCUUAGAUCUCUUGGUUGUGGAAGACAGAACGAUCUCCUUCAAUGGAUGUAUGACACAGUUUUUCUUUAUUUGUAUGUUUGUGAUUCCAGAAAUGUUCAUGUUGGCAGUGAUGGCCUAUGACCGGUUUGUGGCCGUGUGUAACCCCUUACUCUACACAGUUGCUAUGUCUCACAAGCUCUGUGCCUUCUUAGUGACUGAAACUUACACAUGGGGUGGCCUCUGCUCCUUGAUAAUUACAUAUUCCCUUGUGCAACUAUCCUACUAUGGAUUAGGCCUCUUGAACCACUUUGGCUGUGAGUACUCUGCCAUCAUCUCUGUCUCCUGCUCUGAUUCCUCCUUCAGCCAGAUGGUGUGUUUCAUCAUUUCUAUAUUUAGUGAGGCAUGUAGCCUCCUGUUCACCCUUGCCUCCUACGUCAUCAUUGUUGUCAUUGUCAUCAGGAUGCCUUCCAAGGGUGGUCUCCGCAAAGCCUUCUCCACCUGUACCUCUCACCUGACUGCCAUCAGCAUCUUCCAUGGGAUCAUCCUCCUUCCCUACUGCAUGCCCCACUCCAGAAAAUUCUGGCUCCUGGUUAAAGUGGUGACUGCACUUUAUACAGUCAUGAUCCCCAUGCUGAAUCUCCUGAUCUACAGCCUCAGGAACAAAGAUGUCAAAGAGACACUGAGGAGGCUGAUAAACUCCAAACUGCAUUCUCAUCCAGUAUAA